AUGAAGUUUCUGUGCUUGCCUGGCGCAUAUGGAAGCGCUGAUAAAUUCCAGGUUCAACUAGCGCCUCUAGUGAACGAAUUGACAUCCGAUGGCUCCGCCAGCUUCCGCUUCGUCGAUGCGCCAUGUGAGGCGGUUCCCCCAGAGGGGUUCGAAGACUUCUUCGGAAAACCACCAUACUACCGAUUCAUAGAGCCUGAUGAGAAGGAAUCACAAGAUACCGAUGUCUUGUCUCGAAUCAGAGACUUUCCCGAGUGUGAUACUGCUGAAGACACCAUGCGAGAACUCAUGAAAGAGGGUGUAGCCAGCAGUGUGAUCAGCACCAAUAGAGCGAUCCAAUAUCUCUUUGACAUCAUGGAGAAAGAAGGACCAUUCGAAGGGAUCAUCGGCUACUCAGAGGGAGCUACUGUUGCUUCAACCUUUCUCCUCGCUGAGCAGAGAAGAUUUGAGGAGACCGGCAGAGUACCUCAAAUCAAAUGUGGCAUAUUCUUCGCUGGUUGGCCACCUCUAGAUCCGGCCACCUAUGCGAUGGUCUUGUCGGACGAGUCUGACCUCAUGAUCAACAUUCACACUUGUCACAUCAUUGGCUCUCUUGACCCUUACGUUGCCGGCUCAAUGGCUCUCUACAACACGUGCGAACCUGACACAGCAUACAUCUUCGAUCACGGUAAAGGACACACAUUGCCCAGAGAAAAAGGUGUAAUCAAGGAGCUCGGGGACGUCAUUAGGAACAUGAUGGUGGAGGCGUCGGCAUAG